UCUUCGUCACGGAUCGAGGCAAGUUUGUGUGCACAAUUAGGCUUGCAAAUUGCAAAUCUCGCACUGACUUUGCCUCUCAGUUCCCAGCUGGGCAUGGUUACCUUGAGAGCUGUGGUAUCAGCACUGUCAGAGCAUGCUCCAGUGGGGAGAUCGGGUGUGUUCUAUUUUUAAUACUAUUUAAUGAAGAUGCUUCUCACUCUGCAAUAUACGAAGCAUAAUGGAAGAGCAGAGCGAUGAUUGGUUAUGGAUACUGGAAAAGGAAAAAUGCAAAGGUUGACUAUGAUCCAUCAAACCCUCUGCAGGACCAGCAUGGAGAUUGGCACUCUGAACUGCUAAUGAGGACAUGGGACUCCCGUUGUCAUUGACCAUUUGUGUGGACUUUACCAGCGAAAACCAACAGAAGACACUAGAAGGACAGUGGGAAUUAUAGCAGUUUUCCAGGUCACCAAAUCUUGUUAUUUUAAUUUCUGUCUGGAAGAAUGUCUGAGCAAGGUAAAUUGAACCAGGAGACAGCAGAGGAAGCUGUGAAUGAGCAGGAGACUGCCAUCUCCGAAGUGGACCCAGACAACUGUAUCCUUAAUAAAUCUGAAAGCUCAGAAGUAGAGGAGAAGGAGGAGAAGCUGAGCGAUGCCAAGACAGAGCUGCAGGUGUUACUGCCAACAAAAAGUUGUUAUGCAAAGCCUAAGAAGAAACGAGGUGGAAACUCAAACCAGCAGAAAAAGAGAUCCAAGUCAGGAGCUAAAGGAAAACUCGUCCGGAGUCUUGCUGUGUGCGAAGAGUCAUCCCCUCGCCCGGGAGCAGAAAACCUUCAUGAUAAUCAGGAAUCAAUCCAACUACAGCUUUCAAGUUUUCCUAGCUUGCAAGAAGAAGAUAAAUCUAGUAAAGAUGACUCCGAGAAAGAAAAAGAGAAGGAUAAAAACAAAGAGAAAGAUAAAAGCAGUGAAAAAAACAAGAUCAGAAUGUUAUCAAAAGAUUGCAGUCAAGAGUAUACAGACUCAACGGGCAUCGAUCUGCAUGAGUUUCUCAUUAACACGCUAAAGAAUAACCCCAGGGAUAGAAUGAUACUCUUGAAAAUGGAACAGGAAAUUAUUGAUUUUAUUAGUGACAACAAUAAUCACUAUAAAAAGUUCCCUCAGAUGUCAUCGUAUCAGAGGAUGUUAGUGCACAGAGUGGCAGCUUACUUUGGCAUGGAUCACAAUGUGGAUCAGACUGGAAAAUCUGUCAUUAUCAACAAGACCAGCAAUACGAGAAUACCAGAGCAAAGGUUUUCUGAACAUUUAAAAGAUGAAAAAGGUGAAGAAUCCCAGAAGCGAUUUAUCUUGAAGCGAGAUAACUCUAGUAUUGAUAAAGAAGACAAUCAGCAAAACAGAAUUCUUCCAUUUAGAGAUGACAGACGAAGUAAAUCAAUUGAAGAGAGAGAAGAGGAGUAUCAGAGAGUGAGGGAGAGAAUAUUUGCACAAGAUUCAGUUUGCUCCCAGGAAAACCUUUUUGUGGAAAACAGUAGGCUGUUGGAAGACAGUAGUAUAUGCAAUGACACCCAUAAGAAAAGACAGCUGUUUAGGGGUAACAGAGACAGCAUGGGGAAGGCAUCUGGCAGUCGACAGAGCAGCACAGAGAACGAACUGAAGUGGGCAGACCACCAGAGGCCAUGGAGCAGCACAGACUCAGACAGCUCCAACCGAAAUUUGAAGCCAGCCAUAACCAAGACAGCCAGUUUUGGUGGGAUCACCGUCCUGACAAGAGGAGAUAGCUCAUCAAGCAACAGAAGUACCGGCAAACUGUCUAAAACAGGUAGCUCAGAGUCUUCCAGCAGUGCUGGCUCCUCAGGAUCACUGUCACGAAUACAUCAGCCUCUCCAAAGUGCAUCUCUUGUCCCUGGGGUGACAGCCAGCUCUUCAGGCAGCGUAUCCUACCCUGAGAACGGGAUGAGUGGCCAGGUGGCCCCCAGCAACACCAGCUAUAUCAUUCUUCCACUUGAAGCUGCAGGGAUACCACCUGGCAGUAUCCUUCUGAACCCACACACAGGUCAACCAUUUGUAAAUCCUGAUGGGACGCCGGCAAUAUACAAUCCUCCCAGCAGCCAGCAGCCGAUGAGGAGCCAGAUGGUGGGACAGUCUCAGCAGCAGCCUUCAUCCCAGCAGCCUCAGCAGGUUCAACAGCCACAACAGCAAAUGGCAAGUCACCUUGUCACACAGCCUGUUCAGGCAAUGCAGCCAUCUUCUCAGUCAGUACAGUAUCCAGCCGUUUCUUAUCCUCCCCAGCAUCUCCUGCCUGUCUCUCCAACGCAGCAGUUUUCUGUGCGGGAUGACAUGACAACACAGUUCAACCAGAUGAGCUUAAGCCGUCAAUCGUCAGGAGACAACCCCGAAUCGCCUUCUGGUCCUGUCUACCCAUCGCCCAUCUUGCAGCAGCCUGCCCAGCAGACAGGUUACAUCAUGGCUUCUCCGAGUCAGCAGCUGCCCCCAGGAGGUUUUACAGGUUCAGGUCCACCAGUAUCCCAGCAAGUGCUGCAGCCCCCACCGCCGCCGCCCCAGGGCUUCGUGCAACAGCCACCACCACCUGCUCAGAUGCCAGUGUAUUAUUACCCAUCUGGUCAGUACCCUACCUCAGCAACUCAGCAGUACAGACCCAUUGCCUCAGUUCAGUACAAUGCACAGCGGAGUCAACAGAUCCCACAGACUGCACAGCAAGCAGGGUACCAACCCGUCCUGCCGAACCAGCAGCAGGGGUUCCAGGGUCUCAUGGGAAUGCAGCAGCCUCCCCAAAGCCAGAACCUGAUGAAUAAUCAACAGGGAAAUCAGGUGCAAGGCAUGAUGGUGCAGUAUCCAGCCAUGUCGUCUUAUCAGGUGCCAAUGACCCAGGGUUCUCAAGGAUUGCCACAACAAUCAUAUCAACAACCACUCAUGCUACCUAAUCAAUCAGGUCAAGGAACACUUCCAGCCACUGGAAUGCCUGUCUACUGUAAUGUCAUACCUCCUGCCCCACAGAACAACCUCCGGUUGAUUGCCCCACACUGCCCCUCCAAUAACGUUCCGGUCCUCUCUGCCAGCUGCAGGACAAACUGUGCCAACAUUAACAAUGCAGGGUGGCAGGUCAAGUACUGACACUGUGGCCAAGCUGUGGGAUAAAACGAGGACAGAGGUGCAUAAUUUGACAACUAACUCAUGGCCUUCAAACGAAGAGGAGCGCAACAGGAUAAUCAGCUGGGGACGUAAGGACUGACUACGGUCAAGUGAUUUGCUGCUGGUAAAAAAAAUCUGUAAAAAAAAGAAAAAAAAAUUAAUUUUUUUUUUGGGGGAGGGAAAGAAAAAAAAAGAAAAAAAUACACACAAAAAAAAAAUGUUUGCUGGUUAAUGGUGCAUAUUUCUGUCAUGUCUGCUAGGUACGCCUUUAUAGCUUAGCUAGUGACAUGAAUUCAUCAAGGUAAGAUUUUUUCCUACCACUGAACACCACUGUGUAGAUUGUAAUAUCCCCCAAGCCGGAUUAGUUUUGUACUUUGUGUUGAGUUUGUGAAGCUAAAAGUAUUUAAAGAAAAAAAAACACACACACACACACACAAAACCCAACAAAACAGAACGAAACCAACCAACAAAAAAACAAUCACAUCGUACCAAAGCUGUCAUGGAAAUGAAAACAAACAAACAAACACACAAAAAAUAGAAAACAAAGAAAAGAGAAAAAAAAAAAAAAGAAAUUACUGAAUGGAAAGAAUAAUUUAUAUACACUCUAGAGGUUUUUUUAUGGAUAUAUACUGUAUUGUAGUGCUUAAUCACAAUAAAGCUAUUUGACCUCAUGGAGAAAGGUCAUGUUUCUA